CUCUUAAUCUGGGUAAUACGUAACCAAAAUAAACAUGCUGAGGAAAAAUCAAACCAACCGAAAGGGCUGUUUUUGUCUGGGUGCAUGCAGCUCACCCGCGGCAGGUGGGGGGACCUGCUUCCUUGUCUGCAGCCCCUCUGGGGAAGGGGGUCGGAGCUGGGAGAUGCAGCCCCGUGCAGCCGCGGGGAUGAGAGGGCUGGAGGCAGCUGGGCCAGGCCUGGCUUUCUGCCAGGGCUUGGGCUGCAGCCCGAGGGCUCCGUCCGUCCCUCGCUGCUGGACCUGCGGCGCCCGGCACGACCCAGGCCCGGCCUGGGCUGCGGUGUUGAGCAAUGUCCGGGGCCGCUCGCCUCUUCCCAGCAGCAGCCUCCCGCGCUCUGGCGUGAGCUGGGGAUCGGCGUCCUGCUGAUCGCUGUGUGUCUGGCAGGGAGGAGGGGGUCAGAGCGGGGUUGGGAGCCUGUGGCCUCUGGGCAAGACUGUACCGGGCAAGGCGCUUGGAGCAGUGAAGCAUGGGUGAUUAGGGAAAUAAUCUGUUGCUGUUGAUCCCAGAGGCGGGAAUUUGCAGCAUCGUGCCAGGCCCCAGGCGCGGAAGAGGGGGAGAGCCCGGCCAGCGGACGUGUGAGCAGAGCUCCCGGCUGGAAUGCACCAGCUCAGCAGGGGAUUGUCCUCCCGGGGCCGGGCAGGCGCUGCGCCCUGAGCCUGUGACGGCUGCCCAGGCCAUGGCGGCCCCAGACAGCCCCUCAGCCGCGCUCCAGCGCCGUGACCUGUGCAGCCGAGGCAUCCGCCUGGUUGGGAAGAUGCGCUCGGACGUUGUUGACCUCCUGGACGCCUACGUGGAACGUCAGGGCUUGGACGCCUCGGCCAGCGUGGCGGCGGUGGAGGGGGUGCCGGCGGCGGCAGCGGAGCGCUGGGACGAGCAGACGGGGACGCAGCGGUUGCUGGAGAACCUGGCGGCGUACCGCGCCUUCCGCGCGCUGCUGGCGCAGAUGCUGGAGGAGCAGCGGGAGCAGCUGGGCGAGGCGGACGCCGCGCUGGGCCGGGCGCUGGCGGCCGUGCUGCUGCAGGUCUCGGCCUUCACCUACCACCUCGAGGAGCUGCUGCGGCUGGAGAGCCGCGGGCCUCCCAGCGAGGAGGCGGCCGGGCCCCCCCCGGCCUCUCACCUCAGCCUCUUCGAGAGGAAGCUGCGGGGCCUGGGGGUGCUGCGGGAGCUGGCCCAGUGGGCUGUCAGGUCCACGCGGGACCUGCGGCAGCUCGCCAAGCCCAGCCCGGGCAGCAGCUCGGCCCCCAGCCCAGCUGAGAGCCCUUGAGGCGGGCACGGGGCGGGGAGCUGGGGUUCGCUGGGCCGUGGGGGGCUCCUCGCCCAUCCCUGCAGCAGGCUGCUGACAGCGACGGGGGUUGUUCAGGGGAGGGGGCGGCCGGGAGAGACAGUGUCAUUAAUCCUGGGGUGCCACUCUCUGCGAGCCCUUUCCCUGUGGGGAGGCGGAGGCGUGGGCUGCGCUGUGCCCGGGGAGCGGGGGUCCCUGGCGGGGUGAGCCCGGGGGGGCUCGGGCUCUGCCUGCUGGGGGUUGACGUUGUCCCCCAGGGAGCAGCUUUGCCACUUGCUCGCGGGCCUGGGGGCCGUGACCGUCAGCAGGCUGUGGCAGUGUGGCCUUUUCUUUGGGAUUCGGUCACUGCCCGGCUCGCCAUGGCCAGGCGCUGCCUCUGGCGCACAGAAGAUGCUUCGGGACUCUCGUAGUGGAUGCAAGGCAGGAGCAAAAGGGCAGAAGAAUAUCACCUAAUGAAAGGAGGAUUGGGACCUGUCCCCUGGCUGCAACACAGGUCUCUCUUCUCCUGCCCAGCUCGCUUUUUCUGUGCUUUGAAUUUCUGCUCUAACUGCCUGGGGCUUUUUUGAGAGGGAGGGGGUGUGGGGUUACAAUCAGGAGGGGACACAUCAACCGCCUGUCCAAGGUAACAGAGAGGAGCUUGUAACUGAAGGCCGUGAUUCAGAAGACCCUCUGCAAGGAGGUUUGUGCCUUCAGGUGUUGUUUUGGGACUGAAGACAGCGCAGAGGGUUAAACAGCCCCAACCGCAUCGCUCGCCCUGUGGAGCGGAAUGCUGCGAGCUUGUGCAGCUGCCUGGGCCGUGUUUUCUUGCUGAAUGGAUGUGAUGGCUUCUAGCUGCCGAGUGAAUAAAAGGGCUGGGAGAUCUA